AUGGCAUAUCGGCCGGCCCGUCUUCUCCUGACUCCUCUCCAUAACCAGAUAUUACACAGCAAUUCCACGAACGGCCAAACUCCAGAUGCGUUCAGUCCCACCGGCGGACCACUAGAGGUCUCUUUUAGGAAUGCUGUGCAUGCGUUUAGAACACGGUGCCAGAAGGCAUUUAUCGUGCUCGGUAUGAACCGAAUUGAUGGAUUCAACAGCGGUGGAUUACUUAGUUCUGCCUUUGCGGCCUUCACGAUAGACCCGCGAAACGCGCAACGCUCCAGCUCCGAGUCCAGCUUUCUUCAGGCCAUGUUGGACAAAGGUGCCGGACCCACAGUGUACAAGAACACCAUGGCGCAUAAGGCCUUAUUUGAUCACGAUAACAAGCACGCAACGGAGGUGCAAUUAUCGACUGAAGGCACCUUUGGCAGUCGGUCGGUCAACUUUACACUCCACGCUCUCACCCAGGCAUUGGACCUUGCGAACCAUCUGCGUAACCUUGAGUUUCCCUACAUCAAGAACCCUCCAGGCGUAGGCCAAAAGAUUGCAUUCAACGGUUAUAAUCUUAAUGAAGUCACAGCCGAUCCAAAGGAUGGACACCAGUAUGCAACCCUAAGUGGAGCAUUGGUUGCUCCUCUAUCUCGCGGCUCAGUCCGUCUUGCUGGCCCCAACAUGAACACCCCACCCUUGAUCGGUCCGCAAUGGUUUGUAGAUCCAACCGAUAAGGAUCUCGCCAUUCGGGCUGCAAAGCGGCAUCGGGAGAUUUGGGCGGAAUUGGCUAAGCUACGCGUCGCUGACCAGGAGUCAACGUUACCACUGAUGCUCUGA